GCCACCAUCCCCACCCCCUCCAAUCCCCAGAAAACGACCCUCCAUCCACCACCGAAACCCACUCUCUCCGCACCCACAACGCCCGCUCCGCCGCCCUACUCCUCCGCCACCUCUCCCCCCAGAACCCCGACGAACAAAAUCAAGAACCCAACCUUCCGCUUCUCCAACAAGACACGGAGAAAUUGCUCGAGAUUUCGCUGCAGAGCAAGAGGUCCCCUCAAUUUCCCGGAUCAAUCUACUCGAACCCUUCUUCGCAGCUCGUGAAUAGCGUUUUUAGAAAGGGGGGAAACGGCUCCGAUAGUAAUGCCGAUGAGGUGGAUGAUGAAAUGCUCGUGAGGGCGCUCCAGAUUAGGAGGAAAGUGACUGCCCAGGCUUUUAAAGAGGCGCUGAAAAAGGGCAAAUUUGGGAUCACUUAUUGCGAGAAUUUGGUUUCCACGAUACCUGAAUUCAUCGAUUAUGUGAUGAUUAAGGCGGUUUCGAUGAAGGAGCUGCCUGAAUUUUCGCAGUCUUCGUAUAAUUUUCGUGCAGAGUUUUUCAUUCGAGAAUGUGGAGUUGUGCCGCUUAUAAGGUGGUUGAAGCAUAACUCUCUAUCAUACCCUCAAAUAGGGAAGCUUAUAGUUGCAUCAAAAGGGGAUCUUGAUCACAUAAGGCGUCUGGCAGAAUGGCUGAAGACGAUCCAUGUGAAUGGGAGGUAUAUAGGAGUCACAUUGACACGGGCUGGUGGGAACGUGUUGGAACGCAGCAUGGAGGAGUUUGACGAGCUUGUGAAGUAUUUGGAGGACAACGGAGUGAGGAGGAAGGACUGGAUGGGGUAUGUGGUUAGCAGGUGUCCUGAGAUACUGGCUUUUAGCAUGGACGAGCUUAGGUCACGCGCUGAGUUCUAUCUGAAUAUGGGGAUGAAUAAGAAUGAUUUCGGAACCAUGCUUUAUGACUGCCCAAAGGUGAUCGGAUUCUUCUCUAUGGAGGAGAUGAAUCAGAAGGCAGCAUAUCUGAAGGAGUUUGGCCUCAGUGAUGAAGAUUUGGGAAGAUUAUUAGCUCACAAACCACAGCUGAUGGCUUGUAGCAUCGAGGAUAGAUGGAAGCCUCUCGUUAAGUAUUUUUAUUACCUCGGAAUUUCAAAAGAUGGCAUGAGAAGAAUCCUCACUUUCAAGCCAAUCGUAUUUUGCAUUGAUUUGGAGAGCACCAUUGCACCGAAGGUUCAAUUCUUACUGGAUUUAGGCGUUCAGCAAGAUGCAAUUGGGAGUAUGCUCACCAGAUUUCCCUCUCUCAUGACAUAUAGUCUCCACAAGAAGAUACGACCAGUGGUGAUCUUCCUCUUGACAAGGGCAGGGGUUUCUCAACGUGACAUUGGGAAGGUAGUAGCCCUAGGGCCGGAGCUCAUAGGGUGCAGCAUUGUGCAUAAGCUAGAUCACAAUGUGAAGUACUUCUUGUCUCUUGGCAUAAGGCUACCGGUUUUGGGGGAGAUGAUCGCAGAUUUCCCCAUGCUUCUCCGCUACAACAUUGACGUCCUUCGCCCCAAGUACCAGUACUUGAGAAGGAUGAUGAUACGACCUUUGAAGGAUCUCAUCGAGUUUCCAAGGUUUUUCAGCUAUUCGCUUGAAGAGCGAAUAAUCCCUAGACACAGGAUCAUGGUGGAGAAUCGGGUUAAUUUCAAGCUACGGUACAUGUUGGGGGGCUCGGAUGAAGAAUUUCACACGAGAGUGAGGGAGGCAGUAGAGAGACGAAAGCGAUUUGAAUCUGGUAUAGUUAUAGGUGAAGAAGUAGCAUCAGAUUCUGAAAAAGACGAUCAACCAGAUAUGAUGUCUGUUUCUCAAGUAUCAGAUGACUUGGAAAAUCAUUCAGAGCAUUAGCAAAGAGAAUUUCUUCAUUUGUAUUUGUACAUUGUGGUUAUUAGUUCGAUAGCAGCAGCAUGUAUAUAUACUACCAAAUUUUCCUUGUACGUAAGAUUAUGCAUAAAAUAUUUAUACUGGAAA